AGUUUUAAUCGCAGUAUGGUAGAAUAUGAAGCUGGAUUUGGUACGAUGGUUACUAACCGAUGGAUUGGGUUUAAUCGACUCCUACAGAUGAUGACAUCAGGAUCUACGUACAAAAUGGCAGUGUUUGCAUCGGAUGGUUCAAGUACAUGUAUGAGUUAUUAUCAAGGCUUUGCUAUCAGUGCACAAAGUGGUAACUACAUCUUUACGUAUUCCUACAAAUCACCAUCAUCUUAUUUCCCAGAUUGUGGCAACUCGAUGGUGGGGCAAAAAGGUCGACCGUUUUCAACAUACGAUAGCGACCAUACGUCGUUUAACUGCCCGAGUAGAUUUGGCGGGGGUUGGUGGUUC